AAAAUGAUCUGGUAGUGACUGGCUCAGAUUUCUAAGACAGUCAAUGCAAUACCAUUUUUCAGUUCUUGUUGCUCUCUGUGACACCAAACCCUGACACUAACUAUUAGGGUACAAUGUUGCUACAGAGUCUUGAAAUGAAGUAUAAAGAGCACUGAUUUAACUUAUCUUUAUUCUCAUAGAUACACAAUGGACCACCUCAUGACUCCAACUUUGGAUACUCGUAUGCUAAAAGGAUGAUUGAUGUUCAGAACAGGGCAUACUUCCAGCAGUAUGGUCAUCGCUACACAGCAGUCAUCCCGACCAAUGUCUUUGGUCCCUAUGACAACUUCAACAUAGAGAAGGGGCAUGUGCUGUCAGCACUCAUUAACAAGACGUACAAAGCCAAAAACGAUGGAACACCUCUGAACGUAUGUGGCUCUGGAGCUCCUAGAAGACAGUUCAUCUAUUCUCUGGACUUGGGCCGUCUAAUCAUUUGGGUCCUGAGAAAAUAUGAAGAAACUGACCCCAUUAUCCUUUCUGUGAGUGAAGAGGAUGAAGUCUCUAUCAAAGAGGCUGUAGACAUGAUAACAAAGGCUCUGGACUUUAAAGGCGAAGUCCAUUUUGACACCAGCCUCUCUGAUGGCCAGAUGAAGAAGACAGCCAGCAAUGCCAAGCUCAGACACUACCUCCCUGACUUCACCUUUACGCCGCUUGAAGAAGGUCAGAGUUCACUGUAUUUCAAUCAAAAUAUUUACUUCAUGGUAGAAAAAUCGUCUAUAAGAUACUUCUAUGUUAUCAAACAGUGCUGUGUACGUGAUAUCAGUGAGGCAGCGCAGCAAAUCCUUAAUCUGAGUAACAUAAACACACACCCUCAGGGUGAUAAUGAGUACGUGCCAUAUGGGCUCCGUCCGGUUCCUCCGCCUUAUCCCGUGCCUCCUCCUCCUCCUCCUCCUGCACCACCAACUGUCCGCCGCCUCUCUUCCACUCACCCUGCAACCCCUUCCUGA